AUGUCGACUGCUCUAAAUCUUUUCACGCGAUGUUCCGAUCAAGUCGUCGAAUUCAAUGCGAAUUUCAACGCAACGACUUUGAUCGAACAUUCCAAAAUUUCAUUAGAGAUUAUGAAAGAGGAGCUCGGCGAGCAUUGGGGUAAGACUAAGGCUGCGUAUGAGAAAUGUAUGCAGUCUCUUAAGGAAGAUGGAGAGGUAGAGGCAGUAAGAGCCAAAUAUUCGGCUACUUUAAAAGAUUACCUCUCCUGUAUAAGUUGCAUUACGGAAUGCCUGCAAAAAAUCAAGGAAGAUCCACAAACACCUCAAGGCCUUCAUGCCAACGCAUCGCUUUCGCUCCAUAACUUGCAGCUACCACCUUGCGAUACUGAGGUUUUUCGUGGCGACUAUGUAUCUUGGCCAAGUUUUCGCGAUCUUUUUACGGCCAUUUAUAUAAAUAAUUCGCGUCUAAGCGACGUUGAAAAACUGUGUCACCUGCUUCGAAAGACAAGUGGAGAAGCGAAAGAAAUUGUUAGUAAAUCUCCACUAACAAAUCAAGGCUUUGACUUAGCAUGGGCUAACCUCAAAGCUACAUAUGAAAAUAAACGCGUUUUAGUUAAUAGCCAGCUGAAGUUGCUGUUCGCGUUACCAGUCAUGCGGACUGAAAGCGCUUCAGCAUUAAAGGACCUCCAACGAAGCAUUAAUGGGUGCUUAGCAGCUUUAGCAAUAUACGAGGUUGAUGUGGCAAACUGGGAUCCAAUUAUUGUAUUUCUGUGUUCGACUAGACUUCCAGAGGGAACACUCAGCCUGUGGGAACAGACCCUCUUAGACAAAGCUGCUCUUCCGGAAUGGAGUCAAAUGGACGCCUUUCUAACCCAACGCUACCGUACUCUGGAAUCGAUCGUGGAUGUUAAAGGCCCUGCAAAUUCAUCAUCAGCACAUCAGCUUCAGCGGCCGCCUCAGCAUGCGCAGAACACCGGUGGCCAAAAAAGGUUGUCACAUGCUACCAAGGUAGCAAAUUCCACAAGUUGUGUACUAUGCCCAAAGCAACAACACGUUUUAAGACUUUGCAAAAAGUUUUUAAAUCUUUCUAUUAGUGAUAGGUAUGCCACAGUAAAGAAGCAUAGCUCCUGUCUCAACUGUCUUACGAGGGGGCACUCAGUAAAAGACUGCAAAACCAAUUAUUCAUGCACAACGUGCAAUAGCAGGCAUCACACUCUACUACAUAGAGUGAGCACAAUUGCUCAGAACAAUAGUCAAGUGACAACUCAGGGGGCUUCAUCACAAACCUUUCAUAUACAGUCCACUACCUCUAAUAGUAGCUACAAGCUUUCAGAUAAAUCGAAAAACUUAGGUUCAGCUUUACUUGGAACUGCUAUAGUUCAUAUUUGUUAUUUAGGCUCUACAUAUAGUGCUCGAGCUUUGAUCGAUUCAGCAUCGGAAGCAUCGUUCAUUUCGGAACGAGUCCGAAAUCUCUUAAGACUACCAUAUUCCAAAACGAAUGCGACAAUUUCUGGUUUGAACAAAAAGGUAUCUUCAAGUGCCUCGAAGUUCUGUGCGUUUGUUUUGGGUUCACCACGCAAUCCAAACUUGCAAAUAGAAGCAACCGCGUUUGUGUUACCACAAAUUACCGGCAACCUGCCUUCUAAUUCAUUGCAUGCAUCCAUUUUGGAUGAGUUACCUAAAAUUCCUUUAGCGGAUCCUAAUUUUUUACAAAGCGGUCCCAUAGAUGUCUUGAUUGGUGGUGAUUUAUACCCCAAGGUUAUGAUGGAGGGAGUGAAACGAAGUCUUCACAACAACCUUUUAUCCCAAGAAACGGUGUUCGGGUGGAUUGUCACUGGGGCAGCUUCCACUGCACACGUUUCCUGCUUUGCUACAAAGGUCUCAAUAGGAGAUGAUGAUACCAUGGACAACCAACUUCGACGGUUUUGGGAAUUGGAGGAGGUCCCAAAACGAAAUCUUCAGAGUGAGGAGGACAAGUUCUGUGAAGAGCUUUACACAAAAACCACCACCAGAAAUCCAGAAGGCAGAUACAUCGUAUCACUGCCCUUUAAAAAGGAAUUUCCUACGGAAAUCAAACUAGGAUCAUCACGCCCUAAUGCACUACGACAGUUUAUUCGAAAUGAAAGUAGGCUGCAGAAAGACAGUGGGCUUAAAGCUAAUUAUGACAACGUCGUUAAGGAAUAUUUGGAGUUAGAUCACAUGGAGCGGGAUAUACAAGUUUGUAUUCAACAGCGAUAUACAAAAAAUGUAUCGCCAAAUAUUGAUUCAUCCAGACCAUAG